AUGGCGACGGCCAUCGAGCUGCUGGAAGCUUUGGAGGAUUUGGGCGACAGGGAGCUAAAAUCCUUCAAAUGGUACCUGCAGCAGGCCGACUUCCUGAAGGACUUCCCGGUGAUCCCAAAGAGCCGACUGGAGACAGCAGACAGGCCGGACACCGUGGACCUGAUGGUGCAGACCUACAGGCAGCAGUGUGUGGAGGUGGCCAAGAGGGUUUUAAAGAGGAUGAAGAGGAAUGAUCUGGUGGAGAGUUUGUCAAACACUGAAUCUGGAGCUGAAGGUCAGUCAGCUGGUGCAGCACCUGGUGCAGUGGAAGUCAGUGAUGUUGGAGAGACUUCAGAGAAUAAAGAAGCUUCAUGUGUUGAGCCACAGACUGCUCUGCUUCCUGACCUCACACCUGUCAGCAGACACACUGAAGUGGAAGUCAGUGAUGUUGGAGAGACUUCAGAGAAUAAAGAAGCUUCAUGUGUUGAGCCACAGACUGCUCUGCUUCCUGACCUCACACCUGUCAGCAGACACACUGAAGUUGAAGAGGUGUGUUCAUGCAACAGCUGCUGUGAGGAACCUAAAACCUGCUGCAGCACAUUUGAGGAACAACGUGUGAUGAUGCCAGUACCACAGCCUCCACCCUCUGAAGCGUCGCUCCAUCUCAAGCUGCAGUCUGAGCUGCAGGACGGGUUUAAAGCGUGGGCCGAGAGGCAGCACAGCGUGAAUGUGGAGCUAUUCAUCGCAGACGGACAGAACAGAAACGCCAACGUGACAUCAGGAGAACCAAUGAAAGCCAGCCACAUCUUCCAACACCUCUGCAGACAAGGCACACCUGUAAGAACAGUGCUGACCAAUGGGAUCACAGGUUUUGGCAAAUCAUUCCUUGUGCAGAUGUUUGUGUCAGACUGGGCUGAAAAAAGAGAGAAUCAAGAUUUGCAUCUCGUGUUUCCAUUCGCUGUCCGGCAGCUGAAUUUCUGGAGGAAAGAAAGGUUUAGUUUGGCGGAGCUGAUUCACACAUGUAUCCCAGAAACCAACAGCAUAAAGGAGGAAACUCUUAAUGACAUCUUCACAAAUUUACAGAGCUCCAGAAAUGUUGACAAAAGUGAAAUCAAACUUCUGUUUGUGCUCGACGGACUGGAUGAGAGCCAUCUUCUGUUAGACUUCACGACCAAAGCAAAUCCCUGUCUGGAUGUGACAGAGUCCACCUCAGUGGAUGUGCUGCUGACAAACCUCAUCAGGGGGAAACUGCUUCCCUCUGCUCACCUCUGGAUAACCACACGACCUGCAGCAGCCAAUCAGAUCCCUCCCGAGUGUGUCGGCAUGGUGACAGAGAUCAGAGGGUUCACUGACCCACAGAAGGAGGAGUACUUCAGGAAGAGAUUCAGAGAUGAGGAGCAGGCCAGCACCAUCAUCUCCCACAUCAAGACAUCACGAAGCCUCCACAUCAUGUGCCACAUCCCAGUCUUCUGCUGGAUCACUGCUACAGUUCUGGAGGAUGUGUUGAAAAGCAGAGAGAGAGGAGAGCUGCCCAAGACCCUGACUGAGAUGUACAUCCACUUCCUGCUGCUUCAGAUUAACCAGGCAAAGCAGACAUACAGCCUGGACAAGUGCAUUCAGUACCUUCAGUCACUGGCUAAACUAGCUUUUCAACAACUACUGAAGAACAACAAAAUCUUUGACGAGGAAGACCUUAAAAACAGCGGCCUUCAUCUGAGAGCUGCCUCAAAGUACUCUGCAGUGUUCACUCACAUCUUCAGACAGCUGAACUGCCAGAGGAAGUUCGACAUCCAGAGAAAGAUGUUCUGCUUUAAUCACUUGAACAUCCACGAGUUUCUGGCUGCUGUUCACGUGAACAUUUCACUCACAAACUACAACAAAAACCUGAUGUCCGUUUCACGAGUACGAAGUCUGCAGAUGUGUUUCAGAAAAACAUCAACAACAAAAGUCCACAAACACGCGGUGAAAAAAGCCUUAAAGAGUCCAAAUGGACACCUGGACUUGUUCCUCCGCUUCCUCCUGGGUCUUUCACUUCAGACCAAUCAGACUCUCCUACGAGGCCUGCUGAUACAGACAGGAAGUAGCUCACCGGCCAAUCAGGAAACAGUCGAGUACAUUAAGAAGAAGAUCACUGAGAAUGUGUCUGCAGAGAGAAGCAUCAAUCUGUUCCACUGUCUGAAUGAACUGAAUGAUCGUUCUCUAGUGGAGGAGAUCCAACAGUCCCUGAGAUCAGGAAGUCUCUCCACAGAUAAACUGUCUCGUGCUCAGUGGUCAGCUCUGGGCUUCAUCUUACUGUCAUCAGAAAAAGGUCUGGACGUGUUAGACCUGAAGAAAUACUCUGCUUCAGAGGAGGCUCUUCUGGGGCUGCUGCCAGUGGUCAAAGCCUCCAACAAAGCUCUGUUGACUGACUGUAACCUCUCACAUAGAAGCUGUGCAGCUCUGUCCUCAGUUCUCAGCUCCCAGUCCUCUAGUCUGAGAGAUCUGGACCUGAGUAACAACAACCUGCAGGAUUCAGGAGUGGAGCAGCUUUCUGCUGGACUGGAGAGUCCACACUGUACACUGAAGACUCUCAGUCUGUCAGGAUGUCUGAUCACAGAGGAAGGCUGUGCUUCUCUGGCCUCAGCUCUGAGCUCCAACCCCUCCCAUCUGAGAGAGCUGGACCUGAGCUACAAUCAUCCAGGAGACUCAGGAGAGAAGCUUCUGUCUGCUGGACUGGAGGAUCCACACUGGAGACUGGACACUCUCAGGAUGGAUCAUGGUGGAGUGUGGAGGCUGAAACCUGGUAUAAAGAAGUAUGCUCGUGAACUCACACUGGAUCCAAACACAGCACACAUAAACCUCAAACUGUCUGAUAACAACAGGAAGGUGAAACGUGUGGUGGAGGAUCAGUCAUAUCCUGAACAUCCAGACAGAUUUGACUACUGGCCUCAGCUGCUGUGUAGUGAUGGUCUGACUGGUCGCUGUUACUGGGAGGUCAAGUGGAGAGGAGGAGUUAAUAUAUCAGUGAGUUACAGAAGAAUCAGCAGGAAAGGAAACAGUGAUGACUGUUGGUUUGGAAUGAAUGAUCGGUCCUGGAGUCUGUUCUGCUCUCCCACUGGUCGUUACUCUGUCUGGCACAGUAACAGAAAAACAUCCAUCUCCUCCUCAUCCUCUUCCUCUGUCUCUAACAGAGUAGCAGUGUAUGUGGACUGUCCUGCUGGCACUCUGUCGUUCUACAGAGUCUCCUCUGACUCACUGAUCCACCUCCACACCUUCAACACCACAUUCACUGAACCUCUGUAUGCUGGGUUUGGAGUUGGGUUUGAGUUUGAUCUGAACCUGCUGUUGGAUAGUUGCUGCUCCUCAGUGUCUCUAUGCAGGCUGGAUAGAGGAAGAGGGAUGGAACUGAAUAUGAAUCAAAUAUGA